UUCUAUCGGCAUCAUCAAGUCACAACGCUACCUGACCUCCUCAACUAUGGAGUUGAUAGAUCUCUUCAUUCUCUGUUUCUCCUUAGUCUUUCUUGUCCUGUGGUGGCGAUAUUCUGUCACCCCCGGCAAGUGCAAGUCCAAUAACCUUCCACCAGGACCGCCGGGGUGGCCGUUUGUGGGCAACUUGUUCCAGGUUAUCCUCCAGCGCCGUCACUUCAUUUUUUUGAUACGUGAUUUACGUGCAAAGUAUGGUCCAAUCUUCACCAUGCAAAUGGGUCAACGUACUUUGGUUAUAGUCACCAGCCCCGAACUCAUCCAUGAGGCCUUGAUCCAGAAAGGCUCUGUCUUCGCCAGCAGGCCACUAGACUCGCCGAUCCGGCUGGUGUUUAGUGUAGGGAAAUGUGCAGUCAAUUCAGCAGAAUAUGGGCCUCUCUGGAGAACCCUUCGCCGGAACUUUGUUACAGAGUUGAUAAGCCCGGUUAGAAUCAAGCAAUGCAGCUGGAUACGAGAAUGGGCUAUGGAGAAUCACAUGAAGAGGCUCCAAAAUGAGGCCUUUGAAAAUGGUUGUGUAGAUGUUAUGGACAUCUGUAGGUUCACUGUUUGCAGCAUUCUAGUAUGCAUAUGCUUCGGUGCCAAAAUCCCAGAAGAAUGGAUUAAGGAUAUUGAUAGUGUCACAAAGGAGGUUAUGCUUAUAACCUCGCCACAGCUUCCCGAUUUCUUGCCAGUUCUCACUCCAUUGUUUCGCAGGCAAAUGAAAAGAGCGAAAGAGCUGAGGAAGACACAGAUAGAAUGCUUGGUUCCUCUGAUAAGAAACAGGAGAGCUUAUGUAGAGAAAGGUGAAAACCCAGGCUCACUGAUGGUGAGUCCAGUUGGCGCAGCCUAUGUGGACUCUCUUUUUGAGCUUAAGGCCCCGGGGCGCGGCCUUCUGGGAGAAGAAGAACUCGUGACACUUUGCUCAGAGGUGUUUGUUGCUGGUAUUGACACUAGUACGAGUGUGCUUCAAUGGGCUUUUCUUGAAUUAGUUCUAAAUCAAGAAAUUCAAGAACAGCUUUACAGGGAAAUUGUAUCAACUGUGGGAAAAAAUGGGCUAAUCACUGAAGACCAUGUAGAGAAAAUGCCAUAUCUUAAUGCUGUGGUUAAGGAAACUUUACGGAUACAUUCUCCAGCCCACUUCACAUUGUCACACGCGGCCACGGAGGAGACUAAGCUUGGUGGCUACGAGAUUCCGACCAACGCGAAUGUAGAGUUUUACAUUGAGUGGAUGACAGAGGAUCCGAAUUUAUGGAAAGAUCCAGGUGUGUUCAGACCCGAAAGGUUCUUGGAAGGGGAUGGAGUUGGAGUGGACCUGACAGGAACUAAGGGCACGGUGAAGAUGUUGCCGUUUGGGGCAGGGCGGAGGACUUGCCCAGGGCUUACUCUUGGUAUGUUACAUGUAAACCUAAUGCUUGCCAGGAUGGUCCAAGCUUUCAAGUGGCUACCCAACCCCAAUGGCCUUCCUGAUCCCACAGAGACUUUUGCCUUCACUGUGGUUAUGAAGAAUCCUCUCAAAGCAGUCAUAUUACCCAGAUGAAAGAAAAAAAUGAACAGAUUACAGUUGGGUUUGAUUGUAUUUUUUAUUUAGUGGGCUUUUGAAUUGAAGUUGAAGAUUAUUGUAUGCAAUAAGAACAGAUUGUUUAAUUAUUGACGUGAGAUAUGCUGCUUAGUUCAGAAAGGAAAUCGGUGAUGUUAUGAAAAGGAAAAACAAUAAAAUUAUUAAACAUCAAUUUAGUCUUAAA